UUGCUUGCCAGCAGCCGUCUGGAAGGGGAGGGGUGCUGUCUGGCUUCCGGUUUUAGGCUGAAUUUGACACACAAUGAGGUGCAGGGAACAACCUAUCGCGAAACGCCGCUGUAAAUAAAUAGAACAAUCACUGAAGCCACAGAAUCAUGGAGAAUCAGUGCACAGUGCAGGUGAAGCUGGAGCUAGGACACCGAGCCCAGUUGAGGAAGAAGGUGACCUCGGAGGGCUUCACCCACGACUGGAUGGUGUUUGUGCGAGGGCCUGAGACUGGGGACAUACAGCACUUUGUGGAGAAGGUUGUCUUCCGGCUACAUGAGAGCUUCCCCAAACCCAAGAGAGUAUGCAAGGAGCCACCAUACAAAGUGGAGGAGUCGGGCUACGCUGGGUUCCUCAUGCCCAUCGAGGUCUACUUCAAGAACAAGGAGGAGCCUAAGAAGGUGUGUUUCAACUAUGACCUCUUCCUGAACCUGGAGGGGAACCCCCCUGUCAAUCACCUGCGCUGUGAGAAACUCACCUUUAACAACCCCACACGGGAGUUCAGACGCAAGCUGGUCAAGGCUGGAGGGGUCAUGGUGGUGCCGGAAGGGACGGAGGCAGUAUCUAGGCCCAGUCCAGACUACCCCAUGCUCCCCACCAUCCCACUGUCUGCCUUCUCAGACCCCAAGAAGACCAAGACCUCCCACGGGUCAAAGGAGCCCAGUAAAGAGGGCAGUGGAGGCAGCAGUAAAGGGCCCAAGCCCCACAAGCUAACCAAGGAGCACCGCGAACGCCCCCGCAAAGACUCUGAGAGCAAGGCGGCGUCAAAGGGUGACAGCGACCGCGACGGGGGAGGAGGGGGCAGCAGCAAGAGUGCCCGUGAGCCCUCAUCCUCCUCUUCCAAGAAGCCAGCGGAGAUCAAAGUUAAAGACGAGGGCAAGGUCCUUCCCAAGGCCGCCUUCAAAGAGCCCAAACUCACACUGAAGGAGGCCAAGAUGGAGGGCAUGUCCCCCAAAGGAGGGGGGGCUGGGGGAGGGGGCCCACUGGAGCCCAAAGCCCCCGGGAAGCGGCCUUCCACUGCGGAGUCUCCAAAACCCAGUGCCAAGAAGCCAAAGAAGGGCAGCUCAGAGGGAUCUAAGGGGACAGCUGCAGUGCUCUUCACCGGAGCCUCUCCCCGGGUCUCUUCAUCAUCUUCAGUCAUCACAGGCUACCCAGAGAAGAAACCCCCCAAGGAGAAAGGCCGCUGGCCCAAGAGCAGCAGGGCCGACACUCAGGAGGCCAAGGAGCCCAAGAAACUGCCUGAGUCUGACGACUCCAACUCUGAGGAUGAAGCCUCCUCCAAAUCAGAACAGUCAGUCCCCUCCAGUCCUUCUAACUCCAGCUCCAGCUCUGACUCCAGCUCAGAGUCUGAUUUUGAGCCCGGACAGAAACAAGGCCAAGGCCCGCUGCGCUCUAUGGUGGAGGACCUACAGUCCGAGGGGUCAGAUGAUGAUGACAGCAGCUCAGAGGAAGGGACGCCUGUCAAGACCAACCCGCCCAACCGUGACUCUCGACUGAGCCUGGACAGCGAGAGUGACAGCAGUGAAGGCUCGCACCGCCCCAGUCGAGACCCGGCGCCGCCUCCACAGAAACACAGCUCCUCCAAUAACAAGGUCUUGGGCAGGAAGAGCCCAGACAUCUGCAGCCGCCCAGAGAAGGUGCUGAAGAAGGGAUACGACAAGGUAGGAAGGGCCUACACAGAGGAGCUGGUGGACCUCCACCGCAGACUAAUGGCUCUGAGGGAGCGCAACGUCCUACAGCAGAUAGUGAAUCUGAUCGAGGAGACGGGCCACUUCAACGUGACCAACACCACCUUUGACUUUGACCUGUUCUCUCUGGACGAGUUGACCGUGCGCAAACUACAGAGCUGCCUGGAGACCACGGCCACGUGACAGGAAGCCUGCAGCGCAGAGGACCGUGGCGGGGCCGGUGCUGGGCUGCUGUCUCUCCUCGGCCCCUGGACCCCCACUGGGGAGGUGGAGCUGUAGCGGGACAACAGAACACACACUUUCACUAUUUUCUGGAGAAUGGAAGAACAGGAUGAGGGAGGAGAGAGGAUGAGGUCAGAGCAGCUAUGCCACUGUCCCUCUAACCUGGACUGGAGGACCAGACUAGGGGAGCUGGCCUGGGACUGGCAAGAGAUGUAUUAUAUAUGUUUCUUAUGGAGAGCAGCAGAGCAGCCUGUGUGCAGAACUGUGGAAUGCGACCACUCUCCUCUCCCUCCCCCUCUCGCCUCACUUCUAGCCAUUGCAAACCCAAUACUUCUCCUCUCCUUCCUCCCCACUCACACUCUUACCCGGCACAACACUCCUCCCCUCCCCCUCAUCUCUGCUGGAGUUAAUUUCUCUAUAGGAAUAUUCCUGUCUAUGCAUGCAUGCAUGCAUUCGUGUGUGUGUGUGAGGGAGAGUGUGUCUGUGUGAGUAUUUGAGGCUUUAGGGGGGGGAUGUCUUUCGUUAGUCACUUUUUCAGUGUUCUUUAAGCUAGCUUGAGCACAAGCAACAGCCCUUACACACACACACACAGUGAGAGGCAUUUGGGUCCCAUGCCAGGGUGUCUCUACACACACAGGCACUAAGUUGUGUAUGUGCCUAUUGGUGGUAGUGUUCUGGAUGGGCUUCAUCUCUUGUCAGUUUGUCAGUUCAAACGUCCCUCCCUCCUUCCAUCUCGAUGUGCAUGAAAGGGCUCAACAGCUAGGGGAAAUAGCUGUGGAGGAUCACUUCUGAAUGGCCUUUUAAGUGUGUGUGUGUGUGGGGGGGGGGGGGGGGGGGGGUGUAAAAAAGCCGUAGCCAUAGACCCCCCCCCCCCCCCCCCCCCCGUCCAAACUUGUACUGAUAAGUUUGGAGUAUUUUGGGGAUUGCGAUUCAGAUACCUGUGAGCUAUGAAUGUAUUACUGCUCAUUUUCUAGGGCUAGAAACAAACAUAUUAUCCUCUGUGCCUUUAUGCGUUGGCCAGUGUGAGGGUCCACUGACACUGGUUAAAGAGCAAAGUCCCUCUCCUGACUAAGUGUUAAUUGGGAAGCCUGAAAUUCCGUUUGUCAUAUAAGUGCCCUCUCUUAAAAUCAGUUGAUCCUCCCAGUGGGGUUUCUGUGCAAAUUGGAGGCUACUUCCAGUGAUCUAUCUCUGCUAUUAUUAGGAACACAAGCCUUCCAGAAAUCCUAAGACUCAUCUGUUCAUCAGCAGUGGUACUUUGCCUUGUUUCUUUCCAGAUCCUAAUAUGAAUGGUUGUAUAGCUGAUAUUGUGUUGUGCCUGAGGUUUAGUUUUCUAUAGAUAGGAUCAGUGCCAGACCAGGCUUCAGUCAGUCAUGUUUCUCUUACUGGGGCUCCUCUAGCCUUCACGUCCACUGUGGUUUCACACUCAGACUAACGGUAAAGUUUUCUCUUUGGGUGCUCCCCCUCACUUUCCUUCUGUUUCACCUAGUGAACAGCUGUAUUUAUUUUGAUGAUAAUAGCUUUAAUAGUUGUGUCCGUUCUGUGUCAUGGGCCUGCAAAGUGCACACACAGCUCUCUGGCCCUUCUUCUCCUCUGUGAGGGUGCUGUGGUGUUGAGGUCUGAAUGUGUGGAUCUGUUCGAGAGUGAAACAGCAACCGCCUUAAUUUCCUCUCUGCAUCCACUCUGCUCUGUCCACCACCCCUUUAUUUGUAUGGCUGUGCCUAUGUCAACAUCCCUGCCAGUGAUUUUUAAAAGAUGUACUUUGCAACUGUGUGAGUGGGAUGGGUUGUGUGUGUCUCAAACGAGAGGAAGGUUCUUGUCCUCGUGUGUGUGAAUAUGAGGGGCUGAAGGGUUGAGUGGCAGGCAGCUCUGUGCAGCUCUUCCAUAGAGAAGCCCCACCAACCGUCAACCAACAGUCAAUCUUUUAUUUAUGUACCUCUGCACUUUUGGCUGUGGUGACUUCAGUACUUAAGUAAUUAUCUAAACUGUAUUUUUAAGAAUUUUAUACAAUAUUUACAUGCAAUACAACAGAUUUUUUUUUGCCAACCUUUUUAAAAAUGAUUUAAUAGUUUUUAUUUGUGUUGGCGUGUGUUAUUAUACAUACAGAAACAUGCUGUCAAUUCUGUUCUUUUAGGCCUAAUGUUGCGCCAUGGAGAACUUCCCUGAAUGUUGUAUUGUGUAUCAUAGUUGUUGCAGUUGGACACCACGGAACAGGUGUUGGGAAUAUGUUUGAUGUAUGAGCUAACCAAGUCUAUAUCAUCCAGUAUACGUUUAUCAAGGAGGAAAAUGUGGACUUUUCAGUGAGAAGAAGUAUUUUUAUGUCCUAUUAUAAUUUGAGUAUUUUUAACUCAAAGUAUGAGGCAGUGUUCUAUUUGUCCGUACUCUAUGAGGCAUGGUUACGAAGCCCAGGCACAAACUGUCACCCUCUCUUUGGUUCAAUAUUUAUCUGUAUUUUUA